UAUUGACAUUAGCUUGGCGGGGCGAAGGAUGCACUGAUAUAAAACCAGGUGAGCUCCAUCGACGCCUCACACUCGCUGGCAGGAGCGCGGACGGACGGGUCGACGAGGAACUGAAACAGGAUGAAGCUGCUGGUCUUGACUGUAACCGUUGCCCUGCUGUUCGCUGCUGGCGAAGCUCUGACCUGCCACAGGUGCAUCCCGAGACAAGCCGGACACGCCUGCGUGGUCACCGAGCAGAGGUGCAAUCCCGAGAAAGACGCCUGCGCUUCUGCCAAGUUCCUCAGGCCUCCAUUCGGCCAGUUCCAGAAGUGCAUGGCGAUGAGCGACUGCAACACAUUGAGGAUGAACGCCUACAUCAACAUCAAGUGCUGUGCCGAAGACUUGUGCAACACCUUUUAAACUAAAUCCUGGAGUACCAUUGAGCAAGGCACUCGUCACUGCUGCUUAUUUGUGUGUUGGAAGAGCAACUCAAAAUAAAGAAAAGCU